AUGGCUAGUGUGGUGUGGUAUCACAUUUUUCCAGCUGACUUGAAUUUUAAUAAUGUGUCCGUAUACAUCGAACAAUCAAACCACUUGCUUUUGGAUUCUCAGGCUGUGAAAUCCCACGAUACAUCAAACUUGCCUUGGAUCGGUCCAGUUCCAGGCGACAUUGCUGAAGUUGAGGCUUACUGUAGAAUAUUUAGAGCAGCUGAAAGGCUACAUGGAGCAUUGAUGGAGACACUUUGCAAUCCUUUGACAGGUGAAUGUAGAGUUCCAUAUGAGUUUUCUCCCGAGGAAAAACCGUUAUUGGAGGACAAAAUCGUGUCAGUGCUUGGAUGUUUAUUAUCGCUUCUGAAUAAAGGACGGAAGGAAAUUAUCUCUGGAAGGUCGUCUUUUAUGGAUUCAUUCAGUGUGGCUGAUGUAAGUGUCACGGAGGAACUGCUUCCACCCCUUGCUGUUUUCAGGGGUGAAAUGAAACGAUGUUGCGAGAGCUUACACAUUGCUCUCGAGAAUUAUUUGAUGCCUGAUGACGAAAGAAGUGGAACUGUUUGGAGGAAAUUACAAUGGCUGAAGAAUGUCUGCUAUGAUGCUGGUUUUCCACGUCGGGAUAACUAUCCUAGCCAUACAAUUUUCGCGAAUUGGGACCCUGUCUACUUUUCAAAUACGAAAGAGGAUUUUGGUUACCAGGAAACUGAGGUUGCUUUUUGGAGGGGUGGACAGGUAACAGAAGAGGGACUGAAGUGGUUAGUAGAAAAAGGGUAUAAAACAAUAGUAGACUUGAGAGCUGAAGAUGUGAAGGAUACAUUCUAUGAGGCAACCCUCGAAGAUGCUAUUUCCCGGGGGAAGAUUGAAUUGGUGAAAAUCCCGGUGGAGGUAAGGAUGGCACCUUCAGCUCAGCAGGUCGAGCAGUUUGCUUCUCUAGUAUCAGAUUGCAGCAAAAGGCCGAUAUACCUUCACAGUAAGGAAGGGGUUUGGAGAACUUCUGCUAUGGUAUCCAGGUGGAAACAAUACAUGACACGUUCGAUGAACAAGGAAACUCCGGUUUUGGAAGAGACAAAGCGACGGGAGGUUUCUGAAACUAAGCCUGGGUCGAAAGCAGUAUAUCGCACGCAUGUUCCUCAAAAACUUGCUGAUGAUGUCUCUGGUAUCACUGAAUUUGAUAGUAGUUCUGUUUCGAAGGAAAGCAAUGAAUCAAAAGAGAGAAGCAACGAAGGACAGACAUCUGUAUCAGAAUUUAGUAUGGUGGCUGAUCCUCUUAAAUCUCAAGUUCCACCACUCAAUGUUUUCUCAAGAAAGGAAAUGUCUGCGUUCUUGAAGAACAAAGGCAUUGCACCUGCUGCUUAUCUUAAUAAUCAAUACAGAACACUGGGAACAGUAUCAUCUUCGCAAUUUUCAUAUGUUAGGACGACGGAGAGAAAUCAGAUGAUUGAUAAAGACGCUCUGAAGGAUUUCUCAGAGACAGGAAACUCCAAUGGGUCCCUUCUAUCCUUAGGAUCACAGGGUUCAGAUUUUGGCAAUGGAACAUUUUCAAAUGGAGACGUUCAUGCUUCUAGUAUCACCAAUAAAAGUGUAUAUGUUGACCGGGGAAAUGGUUUUUCUGGUGAGCCUACUGCUAUAUCUCCCAAUGUGGCUAAACCUGUAAGAAAGUCUCAUAAAAGCAGUGGUGCUUCUCCUUUGGAUUCCAGUGAUGACGAAAUUGGAUCUAUUGAGGGGAAUAUGUGUGCUUCUGCUACUGGUGUAGUGAGGGUGCAAUCUAGAAAAAAGGCAGAGAUGUUCUUAGUUCGAACCGAUGGGUUUUCUUGUACAAGGGAAAAGGUGACAGAAUCAUCCCUAGCCUUCACUCACCCAAGUACUCAACAGCAGAUGCUUCUAUGGAAAUCUACACCAAAAACUGUUUUACUGCUGAAGAAAUUUAUUUAUUUAUAA